AACCCAUGCCAAUUUUCUGUUCUGCGUGGAGCAGACGAUAUCUUGGCGCUGAAUAGAACGCGUGAAGCGCAUCACAGUUUCUAAAAAAGCAUUAAGUAAUAAGAGAAUAAAAAAAAGAAGAAAAAGAAAACUUCACUAUCUAUCUAGCUUGUGUUUUGAUUUUUCUUCGAGUCCCCGUCAUCUAUUUUGUUUCCUCUCCUAAUCUUGAGUGUUCCUGAAAUAGAAUUCUAUAGUUUUCCCGACUUCGCGUGAAUCUUCCGAACAAUCAGUGUGCAUACAUUUUUAAAUGUGAACACGCGCGUUUUUUGCAGCCAGGAUUGGAAUAAAAAGAAAUCGUUUGGAUAUUAAAACCACGCAUUAUUUGGAUACUAUUUUAAUUUGCUAUUUCUUUUGUUUUUUUCAAGUGGCAGCAGUGUUAAAGUUUCAAAUUGUUAAUCAAAAUUGACUUGUUAAGUAUUCAGUUUUUAUUUACAAAAUGAACGAGAAGAUUGUAAUGAGAAAGUGCUAAAGAAAAAAAAAGUAUGAAAUAUAAGUGGAAAGAUGAAAUGGCAAACAUGUCGAAAUGAGUUUCAUCGAUUAAUCGAGAUUUUUCAUCAUUCGAAUUUAUAAGUCAUAACCUGAAGGAAUGUUUGAAUCACUUUAUUAUACGAAAGCUCAAAAUUAUUCUGUUAGCUUUGGAAGUAACAAAAAUUUCAUGAUGAGUAAUCUAAAAAAUUUUAAGAAAGAAAUUACCAAGAAAUAAUAAUUGACGUUUCUUUUACUUUGAAUAAACAACUUUUAAUAAAUCAACAAUUAUGCAGUGAGUAUUCAGAAUAUAAAAAAUAAAUAUUUAAAUCCUAGUGCAAUGACUAUAUUAUGAAAGAUAUGGAAAAAAUCAUAAAGCGCUGGGAAUUUAUUAUUUUUUAUCAGUAUAGUGAUAAAUUGAACAAUUUCUUCGAUUUUUGUGAUGUUUUAACAAAAUCGCAAAACUUCCUGCUGUUUUGAUGAUUGCCAUUCGAUCUAAUAAAUUACUUACAAUUUUGCACAGUUUCAAAUUAUAAUUUCUGAAGAAAUUGUAGUCAUUAUUUUGUAUACAUUCCUGUAUAAAUUAGUUUCAUUUUAGAACUUUUUGGUGCUGAUUUAGCGAGUGAUAUAUAUAGUUUUGUUUGAACAAAUCAAUGAAAUAUCAGAGCAACUUUAUAUGAUAAAUUUCUAAGUGUCAAGAAUUAUUGAAUUGGAUAUAUCAUACGUGUGCAGUUUAUGUCUGGAAUAUACAAAAGAUUCUGCCAUUAGCAAAAUUUUUGAACUGCAAUCUUAUUUUUGAAAAAAAAAACUUGUUUGCAGCAUUUUUAUUUGCAAAUAGUGGAAAAUUAAAAAGAAAAAAGAUGGAUUCUAAAAACCAUCGCCAUAAAGCUCAGGCUUCCGGUGGAAUGAGGACUUCAUUAUCUAAUAUUGAUUAUAUUCAUAGUAGCCCGAGCUCAGAUCUCAGUUUACGACAAAUAACUUCUCCAAAUCUCACAGCUCAUUUGGAAGAUCAUAAUGCUAUUAACUUCAAACUCAUUAAAACAGUUGCUGAUUUUACCCAUCAACUGUCUUCUAUUCACGAACAACAUGCAGAGGAGCUUCAAAUGUUGGUAGAAACAUUUAGAAAAAGAAAUGCUGAGCUUCGGAGAGAAAGACCUCAAUUCCACAGUACGUUAUUCACUAGCUGGGAAGUGCUUCUUCAAGAAGUCGAAGUGGACUCCCAGGUGCAUGGUGACAUUGCAAGGAGCUUGGGCAGGCAGGUGGGGAUGAUGCUGUUGGAGAAAACGUUCCACAGAAAGAUACAAUCCAGGAAGAUCUUCCUUCAUCGGGAGAGCCUGGAGACAAUACUUAGCAAAGCGGAAGAACUACUAAAUAAAUGUCAUCAGGAUUAUACAGAAGCUUAUAACAAUCUAAUAUCACACCGAAGUCACACGAAGCUAGCUGAGUAUUAUGACAUGCACAAUGCCUACGUACAGCAGUUGCAUGCAGCUAAUGGGAUGCUGGAAUACUAUCACAAAGAAACUUUACCCAAACUUUUAGAAGAAUUAGAGGAUGUUUACAUAGAUUUAAGUGAUACUAUAUCAGGAUCUAUAUUAUCUGCGGCUGACAUGUUGGUCAAUAAGUCCCGUGAGCAAUCGAACCACUACGAAAAUAUUGCCACAACAGCACAAAGCGUCAAAACGCGUUCAGAUUUGGCCAAUUUUAUUCGUUCUCUCAACGUGGAGAAACUUUCUCAACCGUCGACGAAGCACUUAUACAAUCCACCUUAUAUGGAGAAUGAUCCGGCGCAAAUGGAACCUGGAAUGAUGUUACGGGAUGAGUUGGUCAUCGACAGACUUUCUCAGCUUCCGAACCGAUCUCAGACUCUUAAGCAGGACGUAUCCAAUUUGGAAGCACAGAUCAAACAGCUUCAGGAGGCCGUAGAGUCUCUAGAACGGUUACAGAAGCGGAGUUUGGAGUCCUCUUUGUUCAACAAGGCGAAUGAAUUACAAGAGGACGUGAGCUUAAAGAAAUUUGAUCUACAAGUGGCUCAUAUACACUUGGCUGCCGUAAAGGCUCAGCUGGAACUGUUUACAUCUGGCAAGGGGGAACAUCCUCUGGAAGGUAACCACCUGAAAGAGAGAAAGCAAUCCACCAUCAGCACCGGAAGCGGUACAGCAAAGAACAAAUGGUUGAAAGCUUUCCUCAACUUAAAAACAGCAAGCAGUGGGAACCUCUCUGAAAAAAAUGAGAGUGAUAAGAAAAACAGCAAGAGUGGUUCCAGACCUCUCUCAGCCGCACCAGGAACUCUCGAAGUAUCCCACGUCUUUCAAGAAUAUAACUAUAAAAAGAUGACCUCCUGUGAUUACUGCAAUAAAGUUUUAAGGGGUCAUGUAAAGCAAGGCUUGCGAUGCAAGUUGUGCAAGGUUAAUGUCCAUUCAGAGUGCCAAGAAAAACUUACCACGCCGUGCCAGCCUAAGACAAAAUUGCUAAGGAGACAAAAAUCUACAUCUGAAAUCGAAACUAAAAUUCCCGUUCCUGAGCCAGAAGAAGAAAGAAACAAUCAACAAAAUGUCGAUCCCAUUUACCAACUACUGAAGCAGGCUGGUGACUUAGGUGGCAACAAUCCUAAAAAGGAACGGAGUGAAAAAGACUUUACUCUUUGUGGAUCCCCAAGAGAUCAGAGCAGCGGCGGCAGAAGCAACAGUUCUAGCCUGACGUCGCUUCAGCAGCAGAGAUGGGUGAGAUCGAAUGCAUCCUCUUCCGCAUCUUCGUCCUCAUCCUAUCUUUUAACUGUGUCCGGUAACCAAGGUGAUCAUGCUUCCACGUCAGCUAUGGGAGGAAACAGGAUCAUUGUAUCAGCACCCCACAGUCCUCAGAGGAAGCGAUUGUCCCUAAGAAUGAAGAGCUUUUCACUGGACAGUCCAGAGUCCAGCGAACAUGUCCAUAGAAGGCAACACCACCAGCUUGGUCAGUCCACCACUUCGCACUGCACACAAUCUCCACAAAGUCCUAUCCACGGUAGCCGGCAGCACUUAUUGGCAGCAAAGAAUGUUCGAAUGAGUUCUGUAGAUUUACCAGACGAUAAUGAAAAGUCACUUAGUUCUGCGUCUACAUCUCCUUGUCCCUCACCGAAACCUCAUCGUCUUUUGCCAACUAAUUUAUACGUAGUCCUAUACAACUUCCAAGGACGUCAUAAAGACGAAAUAGAUCUAAAAGCUGGCUGUAUUAUCACAGUUACAGACACAAGAGAUCCGAACUGGUGGGAGGGUAAAUGUAUGGGUAGGAUUGGAUUUUUCCCAUCAAUGUAUGUGACUAGGCUGCAUCCUGGUGAACAACCACUACAAGUCAUCCAUGCAGUGCAUGUGAGUGACAAUGAAGGGAACAGCAACAAAUUACUAAGCGAUCAAAUAAUUAUCCAAGUGGGUGAUGAAAGAGAUGGCAUGGUAAUGAUAAGAACAGGUGCUAAUGAUAAGACAUACAGCUGUCCACUUAAGUAUUUAAAGGAAGUGUGAAAUGGAAGCCAGACAGAUGUGUCAUUGCCAUGAGAAAAUAUAUACUGCCUAAUCUACUACUAACUGAAAAAAAUGUGUGAAAUACUUAUUUUCAUUAUGUAUAUAUAUAUUUAUUCCAUG